CGCACUCGACUUGGCAGAGAAGGAUGAUGACGUUCCUCAACCACUCGCGGGGCAUAUAACAAAGUAAUUCUCAGAAAUCACAUCAUCACAAAGACAAUUGCAAUCACAAAAAUGGCAACCAGCAAAAAAGAUUUGUACGUCGGAACCGACAAGCACCGUUGGUGGAAGGAGGCAGUGGUGUACCAGGUUUACCCAGCAUCUUUCCUCGAUACCAACGGGGAUGGAUGGGGAGAUGUUCCUGGUAUCACGCAAAAGCUUGAUUACCUGAAAGAUUUGGGAGUCGAUGUGAUCUGGAUAUCGCCCAUUUACAAAAGCCCGCAGGCAGAUAUGGGCUACGACAUUGCAGAUUACGAAGAUAUUGAUCCAAGCUAUGGAACCCUAGAAGAUGUGGACAAUCUUAUCAAAGAGAUCAAGAAGCGUGGCAUGAAGCUGGUCAUGGACCUUGUUGUCAACCACACUUCGGAGGAGCACGCCUGGUUCCUGGACUCACGAUCCUCAAAAGAAUCAUCCAAACGAGAUUGGUACAUCUGGAAACCGGCGAAAUAUGACGCUGAUGGCAAUCGUCAACCUCCCAACAACUGGGCCCAAAUUCUAGGCGAAGCUAACUCAGCCUGGACUUGGGAUGAAAAGACGCAGGAAUACUACUUCUCACUUUUCACGCCUGAGCAGCCUGAUUUGAACUGGGAGAACACUGCAGUCCAAAAUGCUGUUCAUGAUGUUCUACGCUUUUGGCUUGAUCGUGGUGUUUCCGGUUUCCGCAUGGAUGUCAUCAAUUUGAUCUCCAAAGUCCAAACGUUCGCGGAUGCAGAAAUUAUAGUGAAAGACAACAAGUACCAACCUGGCGACAAAUUCUACGCCAACGGCCCACGACUGCACGAGUUUCUCAAAGAGAUCAACCGCAAGGUAUUGUCAAAGUAUGACACGCUGACAGUCGGAGAAAUGCCGUUUGUCCGCGACGAGGACGAGAUUAUCCAGGUCGUUGGAGCACAAAAUGAGGAGCUCAACAUGAUUUUCUCCUUUGAUCUAGUGGACAUCGACAACGUUCCAGGAGACUUCAAGUACACUCUCCAUCCAUGGGAUGCAAGGGAUCUGAAAAGGGUUGUGAGCAGGCUCCAGCGCCUGAUGCUCGAGCGCGAUGGCUGGAACUCACUCUUCGUGGAGAACCAUGACCAGCCACGGAGUGUUAGCAGGUACACAGACGACAGCGACGAGUGGCGUGAAUAUGGCGCCAAACUUCUUUCACUCAUGCAGACUACUCUCGCCGGUACUUUGUACGUGUACCAAGGCGAAGAAAUUGGUAUGAGGAAUGUGCCUGAGAGCUGGGGUCCGGAGGAGUACAAGGACAUCGAGAGCAUCAAUUUUCUCAAGAAAUACCGCGAUCUUUACCCCGGUGAUGAGGAAAAACAAGCUCUAGCUCGGAAGAUCAUGCAACGCAAAUCCCGCGACAACGCUCGUACCCCAGUGCAAUGGACAUCCGAUGCCCACGGGGGGUUCACCUCACCUUCUUCCAAGCCCUGGAUGCGCGUAAAUGACGACUACAAAUCCAUCAACGCCGCCGCCCAACUCGCAGAUCCCAACCCCUCUCCCGGCACACUCUCCGUGCAUGCGUUCUGGAAACGAGCGCUUGCAAACCGCAAACAAAACAAAGACGUUUUCGUAUACGGCGAUUUCGAAGUGCUGGACCCCGAAGACAAGAAGGUUGUUGCGUAUAGGAGGUGGAGUGAGAAGAGUUCAUUCAUUACAGUGUUGAACUUGAGCGGCGAAAAGGUAGCGUGGGAGAAGCUGGGUGAUCUGAAAGUGAAGAAAUGGGUUGCUGGGAACUAUGAUGAGAGGGAGCUAGAACAACGGGCGUUGGGUGGCAAGGUGGAAUUGAGACCCUGGGAGGGUGUGUUGGGGAUGCUCGAAUGAAGUCAGGGACAAAGAAGUAACUUCGAUUGCUGUUCUUCGAAUGGAAGGACUAUCGUAGCAGCAAUGACGAUU